UUCGCUUCCAUACUUCCGUGUCUUCCCUGCCUUCUCCUCCUCACUCCCCACUUUUCCAAAAUCCCAAGCGCCCGAGCUCCCGAGUCCCGAGGAGGAGGCGGCUUCGCCGAGCAAAUGCACCGAGCCAUCCGCGCAGCGGCGGCCGCCGCCGGGCGUGCGCUGUCGUCGGCGACGGCGUCGCCCUCCCCUCCCCACGGGCCCCGCGCGCCUGGCUGGGCCGCGACCCGGUGGCUCUGCAGCGGCCGGGAGGCGCUCAGCUACGACGUGGUGAUCGUGGGCGCCGGGCCCGCGGGGCUCGCAGCGGCGAUCCGGCUCAAGCAGCUCUGCCGCGCCGCCGACGCCGACCUCUCCGUCUGCGUCCUCGAGAAGGGCUCCGAAGUCGGUGCUCAUGUACUUUCGGGGAAUGUGUUCGAGCCCCGGGCGUUGGACGAGCUGAUUCCCAAGUGGAGGCAGGAGGAUGCCCCAAUCAGAGUUCCUGUAUCUUCUGACAAGUUCUGGUUGUUAACGAAGAACCGAGCAUGGACACUUCCAUCUCCAUUUGACAACAAAGGAAACUACGUGAUCAGCUUAAGCCAAUUGGUGCGAUGGAUGGCCACGAAAGCAGAGGAGUUGGGUGUUGAAGUAUAUCCAGGUUUUGCUGCUAGCGAGAUCCUUUAUGAUGAAAAUCAAAUAGUUACAGGCGUCGCAACCAAUGAUGUUGGUAUUGCUAAGGAUGGCACCAAAAGGGAAACUUUCCAACCUGGUGUAGAACUAAGAGGGCGAAUAACACUGCUUGCUGAGGGUUGCCGAGGUUCAUUAUCAGAGAAAAUAAUAAGGAACCACAAGCUCAGAGAAAGAGGGCAAGGGCAGCAUCAGACAUAUGCUCUUGGAAUUAAGGAGAUUUGGGAGAUUGAAGAAGGAAAGCAUGAGCCAGGUUCUGUUAUUCAUACUGUUGGAUGGCCUUUGGACAAGAAAACAUAUGGGGGAUCAUUCCUAUACCACCUUGAUGAUCGACAGUUAGCGAUUGGUCUGGUUGUUGCAUUGAAUUAUCGAAAUCCUUUCCUGAGUCCAUACGAUGAAUUCCAGAAAUUCAAGCAGCACCCUGCUGUCAGAAAACUUUUGGAAGGUGGAACAGCCAUUCAGUAUGGUGCUCGUACUCUGAAUGAAGGUGGUUUCCAGUCGAUACCAUAUCCAGUUUUCCCUGGAGGCGCAAUUAUUGGAUGCUCUGCAGGAUUUCUAAAUGUUCCCAAAAUAAAAGGAACCCAUACGGCUAUGAAAUCAGGUAUGCUUGCGGCGGAAGCGACUUUCAAGGCUCUCAUUGAAGGAUCUUCCAUGGAACUGUACUGGGAGAAUCUCAAGAAGUCAUGGAUAUGGGAAGAGCUUCAUAAAGCUAGGAAUUAUAGACCAGCAUUCGAAUACGGAUUUAUUCCGGGCAUGGGUUUGUCUGCACUGGAACGCUACAUAUUCAAAGGAAAGACACCUUAUACAUUGAAGCAUGGUAAACCUGACCAUGAAGCAACAGAUGCAGCCAAUAUGCAUGCGCCUAUUCAAUAUCCUAAACCAGAUGGACAGAUAACCUUCGAUGUUCCAACUUCUUUAUACAGGAGCAAUACAAACCAUGAGCAUGAUCAGCCUCCUCAUCUCCGCUUGAGGGAUCCUACUCUACCUGAAAAAGUAAAUCUUCCAGUGUAUGCUGGACCAGAAUCACGUUACUGUCCAGCCCGAGUUUACGAAUAUGUCUCUGACGAGAAAGGUGAUCCAAAGCUUCACAUAAAUGCACAAAACUGUCUUCAUUGCAAGGCAUGCGACAUCAAAGAUCCAAAGCAAAACAUCGAGUGGACUGUUCCAGAAGGCGGAGGUGGCCCUGGUUAUACUGUGAUGUAGAUGUCAAGGAAACCUGUGAUGCUGUUCAUUCAGCACGAACCUGAGCCAUUCCUGUCUUCAUUAGAGCUGGAAGCUGCAUCAUGUAGCUAGUAUAAUAAGCAACUUCACUAGCAGCUCGCACUGCACAGGAUGUUCCUAGAGCUUGGUACUUGAUACUGAUCACUGAUCAGGAUGUGGUGCAGCCAGCUAACAUCCUCACACAGUACAGGAAGGAAGGCUUCGUGCGUUGUAGCUCGAUUCAUAUGGAUGAAAUGAAAUCAAUCAUAAAUACUUCGUUAGACUGCACAAGAAGCCUUCUUUUCCUGUACUGUGAAUGCCCUUUGCCGGCCACGACGAUGGUGACGCCCUCGAGUGCCAUCCCCCUCCUUGAGGCAUCAUCAAGGCAUUUCCCCGGUCGACAGUGGCAACCAUCAGAUGCAUCGGCAGUCAUGGGUGCAAGGGUCUGCGCUGUGGUGGUGUGGCCGGCGGCAGUCAGCUCGGUUGCACGUUUGUGGUGCCAUGGUGGCGUGGCCGGUGGCGGCCAAGCGAGGUGGGCCAGUGGCGGCAUGGUGGCAUGGCUGGUGGCCCCGGGCCGCUUCUUGCGUACAAGAUUUGCUCCGGGUGACUUGAAGCCGCCGUGGCGGUGGUAGAGGAGAGGCUUGGCACGCCAGGAGUGGCUAGCUGGGGGGGUUUGAAAAUGGCUGGUGUCGACGGCGUCUUUGAUGUUGUGUCGUUCUUGAAAACAAUAUCAAGCAAUUUUGGUAUGGUGCUGUUCGGCUUCCCCUUGGCUGUGACAGUCACCUGCGUGGUGUUCCUUUUCUUUUCUUUCUCAAAUUAAGAAAAAAACAAAAAAAGAGCAGUCGGUGGUGGUGUUUGUGCCGUGAGGUCGGCGCUCCACAGGCAGCUAGCGAUGCUGCGGAGGUGUUUCGACGGUUCUGAGGAGCUGCGGCGGAGUGAUGAUUUGUGCAGUACGUGUUGAUGAUCCAAUCCGACCAGCAAUUAUUGUUGUUGAA